UAUGUUGUAACUUUGACCAAUGACAAACACUCCCAAAAGAAGGGUAUGGGAAACAGUUGAACUUUGUGCUAGAAAAAUGCAUAAUUGUCUUCAUUUCAAUCGAUGAUUGUCUUCCAGAAAAGACAAAAUACAAAAAAAAAAAUCAAUGAUUGUGUUCGUAGAAGAGAAUGGGAAAAUAUAUUUCUAUCUUAAUUUCAACCAACGAUGGAUUCGCAGAAGAAAGGCAAGGGAAACUUUUCAACAUCCAAAAUGCUAGAAACCAAGACAGAUUCUGCAACAAAGAGAUUGGCAGUUGUUACAGGUGCCAAUAAAGGGAUUGGAUUGGAGAUAUGUCACCAGUUAGCCACCAAUGGAGUUACAGUUGUUUUGACAGCUAGAGAUGAGAAGAAAGGUAUUGAAGCUGUUGAGAAGCUCAAAGGGUCUGGACUCUCUGAUGUGGUUUUUCAUCAGCUUGAUGUGAAUGACCCUUCUAGUAUUGCUUCCCUGGCUGAUUUCAUCCAAACCCAGUUUGGAAAGCUUGAUAUCUUGGUUAACAAUGCGGGAAUUAAUGGAAUUAAAUUAGAUGAUGAUUCUUGCAGAGUCUUGAUGGCAAUGGAUGAUUCUCAAGAAGUUAGGUUAGCCAAAUACAGCGAACUAGUAACACAGACAUCAGUGACCCAUGACAUAGCUGAAGCAUGUGUGCAAGCAAACUACUAUGGCACCAAAAGAGUGACUGAAGCACUACUUCCCAUCCUACAGCUAUCUGAUUCGCCAAGAAUUGUUAAUGUUUCAUCAUCUCUGGGGAAGCUACAGGAUAUCUCCGACACAUGGGCAAAAGAAGUGAUAAGCGAUGAGGAUGGCCUCACAGAAGAAAGAGUGGACGAUGUGUUGAACAAGUUUCUUAAGGAUCUUAAGGGGAGGCAAGGCUGGUCAGCCUACAGAAUGUCUAAAGCAGCUAUUAAUGCCUACACAAGGAUUCUGGCAAAGAAGUUCCCCAAAUUUCGCAUAAAUUGUGUCUGCCCUGGUUCUGUCAAAACUGACCUUAACCACAACUUUGGAUGGCCUUUUACUGUUGAACAAGGUGCAGCAGGUCCUGUGAAGUUGGCUUUGUUUCCUGAUGAUGGCCCUUCUGGCCUUUUCUUUUUUCAGAAGGAAGUAUCCACCUUUUAAUCACAUAAGGCCAUAGAACAUCUUCAUAAGAGAGGAGAGCUGGAGUUACCUAUUCCAUGCUAUAUACAACUCUUUGUUCCUUCUAUGUAUUAAGCAUCCUUCUUCUCAUAAGGAAAUAAAGUAAGCUAGAAUUGGUAAUAGAAGGAUAUAAUUUUGAGUUUCA